AAUGUCGGCGCCGUGUGACGUGUAGUAUACUUUAAAGAAGCUGAGGUAAAACACAUCGAUCAGAUGGAAUAUUUUAAAAGUAGUUUAAAAUCUGUACUUGGUGCCCCGCCACCUGAAAGUCAGCCAUCUGGAGCGGACACGGUGGAACGUCUUGUAGACAGACUUCAAUCUUCAAGCUUAUUAGAUGACAGAAGAGAUGCAUGUCGUGCACUUAAAGCAUUGUCAAGGACAUACCGUGUUGAAGUUGGAGCACAAGGCAUGGAUGCACUUAGGCAGGUCCUUGAAAUGGAUCGAACAGAUUGCGAAAUUAUUGGACUUGCAUUGGAUACUCUGUGCAACAUAACUAAUCCUGAAACAUUCGAUGAAGAAGUGAAUAAACAUGGGCUGAAGAAUAAAAUUGGCGAACAGUUUACAGAAAUAUUUAUUAAACAACUUGACAGUGUAGGUCAGAUCUUAGCAUUCCUAGAAGAGUUUGACUUCAGGGUUCGAUGGUCUGCUCUGAAAUUACUAACACAUUUAUUGGCUAAUAGGCCUAGAGAUAUUCAGGAGAUCAUCCUAGUCAGUCCUAUGGGUGUAUCAAAGUUAAUGGAUUUACUAAGUGACAGCAGAGAAGUUAUUCGCAAUGAUGCUCUAUUAUUACUCAUUCAAUUAACAAAAGGCAAUGCAAACAUUCAAAAAAUUGUUGCUUUUGAAAAUGCAUUUGAUCGAAUUUUUGAAGUAAUAAGACAAGAAGGUGGAGCUGAAGGUGGUAUAGUGGUAGAAGAUUGUUUAUUACUGAUGUUGAAUCUGCUCCGUGGAAACGCCAGUAAUCAAAAUUUUUUUAAAGAAGGUAGUUUUAUCCAGAGGCUGACUCCAAUGUUCCAGCUACCACCAGAAACUGAUGAUAGUCCUCUUUCUGGUUGGAGUCCUCAAAAAGUAUCAAAUGUGCACUGUAUGGUCAAAGUAAUUCGCGCUCUUGUUGCACCUAGUGGUCCAGCACAGGCUACAGCUGCUUGUCAACGUGCCAUGAGAGCUUGCGGACUUUUGCAAGCACUUUGCGAUAUAUUAAUGGCAAGUGGAGUUCCAGCUGAUGUUCUUACAGAGACUAUAAGCGCUGUAGCUGAAGUCAUAAGAGGCAAUGCAAGUAAUCAAGAAUUUUUGGCAGGUGUCAUGGCUCCUAGCACUCCACCAAGGCCGGCUAUAGUCGUGCUCCUCAUGUCUAUGGUGAAUGAGAAACAACCAUUCCUACUUCGAUGUUCUGUUCUUUACUGUUUUCAAUGUUUUCUCUAUAAAAAUGAACUGGGUCAAUCGCAGUUAGUUCAAACCUUACUACCGCAGGGCAACGAAGCUCCAUCUUUAACAACAGGACAGUUACUAUGCGGUGGUCUCUUUUCUUCGGAUUCAUUAUCCAACUGGUUCUCAGCCGUGGCUCUGUCUUAUGCUUUGAUAGACAAUGUCACUCAGAAGGAACAACUGCUUAGGGUUCUUUUAGCUACAAACAUUGGAAAGCCUCCUGUAACCUUAAUGCAACAAUGCGUAAUGUUAUUGCAACAAGGGAAUAAGACCCAGUGCAAACUGGGACUCCUUAUCCUCCUCUGUAGGUGGACGGCGCAAUGCCCCACUGCUGUAAAAGCGUUCCUCGGUAUAGACUCAUCAGUAGCUUACUUAACGGCAUUAUUAUCCUCGCAAGAGAAUAACGAUGACCUUCAAGAGACUCUGCUUCAAAGUAUGUGCGCUCUAUUAAUCGGCUUAUGUGUAUAUUUCAAUGAUGACACUGUUCCUAAUUACACAAAGGAAAAGUUAUGCCACCUAAUAGAAAACAGAAUAGGAUUAGAGAGAUUUCAGGAUGCUAUUGGGGGUAUCACGAGGCAUGAAGUCUAUUCUAGAACCUUGAAGCAUCCUCAACCAUCUGCGAAGAAUCCUGCCGAUUUACUACUCGAUCAUGAAUUUUGUAGAUUGUUGAAAAAUUUGGAAGGCAUCAUCGUUAAAUCUGUACUUGAUGGUAGUAGCUCUCAUCGGAACAACGAUCCUAUUUCUACACUUACACCUUCUGAAUCAGCUCUAGUCGCACAAUACAAAGAACUCAUUAGGGAACAAGACGUACAAAUUCAAAGUCUUAAUCAAGUAAACGUAACACUGAGUAAAGAGAAAUGUGAUCUUGAAGCUCAAAUCCACGAACUCCAAGCUACAGUAAAUCAUCUUAAAGAUCAGAAUUUAGUGCUUCGUGCAGCUCAAACAAAUUUCUCUGAUGAAAAACAAAUGAUGUCUACUGAGAAUCAUAUUGACACGACAGUUCGCGAAGAUCUUGACAAGUAUAAAGUUAUAGUGAAAGAUUUACAACAGCGAUUGGAUGACAGUAUCAUGAAACUCAAAGAGUAUGAACAUGAAAGAAGUAAUCAGAGUAAAUCGAUGCUUGAAAGCGCUUUGAAGGAGAAGAUGGAUGAGUUGGAAAAGUUGCAAAAAGACCAGGAAGACUUGCUUGAACUUCUAACAGAUCAAGAAAGCAAGAUAGUGUCUUAUAAACAGAAAUUAAUCGCAUUAGGAGAAAAGGUGGAAUCUGAUGAAAGCUCUGGUGAACUUGAUACGGACGACCAACCAGAAUCAAGUAACUGAGAUUAAUGUUUAUCAUACCGAAAAGCCACUUUAAAAUUGACUUUUACAGUUCCAAAAUAAAUAUGAACAUUUUUAGUCUA